AAGGAUACUUUUUCUCAAGUAUCAAAAAUCAAAAUAAACGAUUAUCUAAUGAAAUAAGAAGGAUUUAACCCAUUACUUUUAACGUUUUUAAAAAUGCUUUUUAAAUGUUUUAAAAAUAUUUUUAAAAAUUGCCGCUUUUGGAAAGUUCAACCAGCGCCCACCAGGUUUUUCUCGAAUCGAAACGAAAGAAAGUAUCGAUCAGAGAAAUCGAUCAGUCGCGUGCCCAGCACAAAUAAGUGCGACAUUAUACGAAGCAUUUGCAUCAGGCGCGGCAAUUACUCGACGGAAACCUCUCCGUACGUAAGUACAUAUGCGAAUGAUUCAUACACGUGGGCGCGCGCAAAUUCAUCUCGAUGGCCCUUUUUCGAAGCCCAUGCGCGCGGGCGACGCGCGACACGAGCGCGCACGCGCGUCCGAGCGAACUCGCCCUUUCAAAUGCCACUGUCGGCGCAGCGCAGCGCAGCGUAGCGACGGCUCGUCGUCAGUGACGCGCGAACCCUCGCGCGGGAAUGUGAUCGUGAAUUGCUACAGAGACGUUCCGCGAGCGUUCUGCGUACGACACUGUAAGAGAACGCGAAGGGGAAAAAAGCCGCACGAUCUCACGCGAACUCGGAACAACUCGCUCUUGCGUCGCCGCUGAGACCGAGAGACGGAGAGGCGCGUCAUCGCCAACGUCGUCGUCGUCGUCGUUUUUGACGUCCAGGCCAGGUCGAACGACGACCCGCUGCCGAGAUGUCGUUUUACUUUCGCGACUCGCCGAAAUUCGCGGACCGGCUGCGCGGCAUGUCCGACGACGAGCUGCUGCGGGAGGUGAAGAAGCGUUUCAACGAGGAGAACGGGGACGACGGGACGUUCUUCGAGUCCCGUAGGCCCGCCGGCAGGGGCGACUCCUUCGACCGGCCCUUCCCACAUUUCCCGAGGGGUUUCCCGUUCGACGACGACGCCGACGGAGUUUUUGAACGGCCACGUGGCGACGGAAUCCGCGCGCACCUGGACGACCUUGCAGCGCGCCAUCCCGAGCUCGCCGAACAUUUGCGCGGUCCGCCUUGGCCGUUCGGCGGUUCCUUAUUGCGCGACCGCCGCCGCCGCCGCCGCGGCUCCGGUGGUAGCAACAACGACGACCAGCAGCAGCAACAGCAGCAAAGUCAGCAGCAUCAGGUGGACGAGGACGCACGUAGCCAGGCGAGCGGUAGCAGUGCCGCGAGUGGUGCGAGUGCCGUCAGCUCCCACAGCGACACUGGUCGCGAGCACGACCUGACGUCAUCGUCCGCGAUACCGCAGUACGGACUGCGCAACACGGUGGACAUAGGUCAGCAACAGCGACGCCGCGACAUGGAGAUGAGUCCGGAGAAGGACGAGCGUGGUCAGCGUUCUAUGUCAGCACCGCCGGAGAAUUGGCAGCAGCAACAGCAGCAGCAGCCGCCACAACCGCAACAAGGCCAAGAUCCUGGUCAAGGCCAAAGAUUCGUGUCUCGAGUAGAUAUCACGCCGCAGCACAAUCAGCAACAGCAACGCGCCCAGUCGCCUAGUAAACCAGCCAGCAACGUCCGACACAUCCCCAUCUUUGUGGAGGGUCGCGACACGCCGGUGAUACCAAAGGUCGCGACCGACGACACACCGUCGUCCACCUUCCAGCAUCAUCAGCGACAGUCGCCACCGCCGUCGCAUAACUUCGACAGAUCGUCGCCGCCAGCGCAUCACUUCCACAGACCGUCGCACUUUAACGAACGUUUCAGUCGGCAGCAGUGGCCACCGUCGCAUUUCCAGGAGUUCUACAAGCCGUCAAGCUUUGAACAGCCAAUGCGACGGCAUCAGUUUCAGCAGCAGCAACAGCAGCCCCAGUACUAUUAUCAGCAACAGCCUCAGCAACAGCCUCAGCAGCAGCCUCAGCAGCAGCAACAACCUCAAUAUCAACAUCAGCAAUAUCAGCAGCCUCAGCAACAGUCUCAACAACCUCAGUAUCAGCAGGAACAGCAGCAACAACAGCAACAAGAAGAAACACCGAAACCAAAGCCGGUACCAAAGGAUCCCCUGGAGAAAGUUGCUCAGGUGCAAAAGGAGGUGGACGAUUUGGCCGAGCUGGUACGACGUUACGUCGGCAACUCCCGGCAGGACAAGGAGUACAUGUAUCUAGAUGAGAUGCUGACGCGCGAAUUAAUCAAACUGGAUGACAUAGAGACAGAAGGCCGGGAGAACGUACGGCAGGCGCGUAAAAACGCCAUCAAGAGCAUACAGGACACUAUCAGCCUGCUGGAGACGAAAACCCCACUCGUCAAUCAGCAAGAGCAACCCACCGUGCGCGAAGAGAUCAAAAAGUCCGCUGAGAAGGAUCAGCAGGGAGAAGAGAUCUCGCAAAUCUCUGAGCCUAUGGAGAUAGAUGCGAAGCAAGAGAAACUUAGUAACGAGCCGAUACCGCUUCCGCCUGCGCCAUCGUCGCCGACGAAGACGAAAGUGGAAUCUUCGGAAAGUAAAAGUGCGGCAACGGCUGCCGAAUUCGCGAAUCAAAGCGUUGUUGCUCCUGCCGCGCAGCAAGACAACGAACAAAAAACAGAGAAUCCAGCGGCGGACAAUAUGGUCGCGCUAACGUCGACAGAAUCAGCGAAAUGUACGGACGAAGCGAGUAAGGAAUCAAAAACGAAUGAGGGAAAGGAUGGAGAACAACAAAAGGACGUGUCGCUAACGACAACGGAGGGAAAGACGGAGGUGACGGACGGACAGCGGAGCUCGCCGAGAUUGCAGAAGAAGGCGAAGAAGACGAAGAAGAAGGAGCAACCACAGCAGCCGGUGUCGGAGCAAGCGAUUCCGCUGCCGCCGCCGCCGCCACCGCCAACGGAGACCGCGAAGUAAAAGCAGAACGCUGAAGAAGUGUCGUAUAGUCGAAACGUGGAUCCUGAUGUGAUCACGACUCGACCCGAGAGUCAGCGGAUGAGAGAAAGAAAGAAAAUCUCGUAGGUCGUAAAGAACAAAGAUCGGCUGGAAAGGGAGUGAGUUGCGAAGAAACGCCGACGAUGAAGAAAGAAGUUUCGGAGGACAUCGAAUUGUCGCAGACACUGCGAAGUGGCCGAACGCUCUGCUACCUUUUUUUUCCCCGUACUGGAGUCAAGUUAAUCGCGUUUGAGCCGAGCAACGAAAUCGAAUCCCUCGGUUCCGCGAGUCAUUCGUCACUUGCCUUAGGACGAGGCCUUCCUUCUUUUUAUAGAAUAAUCGCAAGCAAGAGAACGAACUGGAGCGGCGCCGUCCGUAAGUUUGUUGGCUUCCUCAGAGAAACGGCCCUUCGCUUUGAAACUUUUAAGACGUGGCCGCGCGUUCCGUCAUAUUUUUUCAACGUUAAAAGAGAAUCUACACAGGAAUACGCGCGGCGAGCGAUUUCUUUUCUCUGUCGAUGACAUGUAAUCCUCACCUUUCUUCUAAUUUAUUUAUGAUUUGCGAGCACGUGAAUGAUUGUGAGAUAAAUGGAGAUAUCGCAUCUGGCUCGCAAAAUGGCACUCGAAGAGUCGCAUCGCGCGAGUCCAGACGCAUAACUUCGAGGACAUCCUACAUAAAACAAAGAGACAUAGUUUCGUUAUAUAUUUCAUCUAUCGAGCCGACCAAUUUUUCACCUUAUGCCGCAGGCAUACGCUUAAAGUAACUUGCGUGCAAAGUUGAUAAAGAGGAAAUUUUUGCAAGUUGCAGAAGAGAUUAUAAAAUUUCGGUUUUCCUUCAUCAUACCUCUCGCUUUUCACGAUACAGGAAAUUUGGUCUGCUUGGCAAGUAUAUAACUUUACACUCGGUAUAGCAUCACGUAGAGCGUGUACGUGAGGCGAGGAUAAGUUAAUAUUGAUUUCUAAUUUAUUGUAUGCCUGCUCGCGAGAUGAUCUCGCGUCCGCGAGUGUGUUUGUUGUUGACGCUAAUAAUUUUCCGCGUAUCGCGCGCACAUCUGCCGAUACAAAGUGACACUGAUGUGUGUACGUGACGCAUGUGCACGUACAAACUUUAGAGUCAUGAAUGUCCAGCGAGAACACCGUUGUGUGCGCACCGUCCCUCGAUUCCCCUUACCUUCCUACACUUAUCCCAAUCACAAAAUGUGUUCCGCGACGUACAUAAAAUGCGUGCGUAUUUUAGUGCAAAUUAGAGUCAAUUCUAUUUUAACAGAUGUUUAGAAGUUGCCGAAACGUAGGUAGUUUUUACGGUACAUCGUAAGCGAUCGUAGUGCUGAUUGCACGCUGGUUCUCCGAGACCAUCCAAAUAUUUUUGUACUCCGACAAAAAAAAAGGAAUGUAUUUUUUUAACAAUUUCAGUUUCCAGCAGAAUAUCGUAGAAUAGGUUUAUAAAAAUCUAAAUACAAAUCUGUUUGUUAAAUUCAAUAAACUCAAAAUAGAGAUGUUUAAACAAAGAGAAAUUCAAAAGAAUGCUGUGUUAAUUGAUUUGGUGCGCUUCGUCACUUCAAGGCGCAUUGGCCUAAUUGGGUUUUUUUUUAUAACUCGGUAUCAAGCGCAAAGUUUAUUCUCUGCGCAUUUCAAUUAGUGCUGUAGCCAAUUUAGAAAGAGAAAUGUAACUUCGACCAUCUAUUGCCUUCUCUCUUUAACACUAGUGAAGAAGAGAUACCUUCAAAUUAGAUUGUAAUUGAGAUAAAAGGUUUGUUUUUUAUUGCUGCACUGGACUCUCCGCAUUAGAACUUCUCUUGCUGUCGCCAAAUUUUGAACAUACAUCUGUUCCGCGUCAAAUGCAGAAAGCGUGGGCCAGUCAGCUAUAAAAAACAGAUCUAAACUGUGACUAUGAGAACAUCUGUAAAACAUUGUACACUUUCUUUCUAAUGGAUUCAAUAUUACUGCUUCUGAGAGAAUACAUGAUCUUUAUAUUAAUUAUAUUAUUCUUUAUAGGAAUCGAAAUGAUGAAAAAAACCGGCCACGUUUUUGUUAAACGGAAAUCUCAACUUUGUUUUCCUCGAAGAAUCCACGCGGGGUUUGUCGCGGGACACCCUGUAUAUAGCGCUCCAGAUUUAGCAUCCGUUUAGAAUUCUCAAAGCGUUUCGGAUACGCGAUGCUUGAGAAAAGUAAAUUCGAUUCGUCCGCGAUAUGAACCUUGAGUGUAUUCGAAGGUCCAUAUACGGGAAUUUCGGAGUGUCUCAGGGAGAAAAAUUUCUUCUUCCAUUGCCUCCUUAUAUUUGUCCCUUUUACGGGGAGUCGCGAAAUGAGGGACGGACAAGGGCAACGCAUUAUUUCUUUCGGUUUCUCGUUCAUAGUGUGAUACUUCGUUUAUCCUCACUUUCUGUUCUCUCCCUUGCAUCUAUAUGACAUUUCGUUCGCGUAUCUGUACUGACACUAUUUUCUAGCCGGAAAUUUUGUAUUUUUUCUGAUACGAAUAAUGAGCGCAGAUGAUUGUGUGUAUAUGUAUACGUGUGUAUGUGUGUGAGAAAGAGAAAAAAAGAAGUGCGUCUAAUAAAAAAAAAUAUAUAUACAUAUAUGAAAGUGUGUGACUAUUUUACGAGAUUGAUCAGUGAAAAUACAAAGCCUGCUCUAUCUUACGACCGUUUCGUUUAUUUCCCUGAUAAUUACAUCAAAAGUGCGCAACUGAUUCUGUGAAUAAACAUUUAAAUUAUUAUUAAUAUGUAAUUAUUAUGAUUAUGUAUUAUAAUUAUUUUAAAUCAAA